UUUCAUCGAUCCACGACUUUGUUUAUCCCAAGCCGGAGAACUAUAUUUUUUUCUUACCAAAAAAAAAAAAUGAGCUACGAGAAGGUCCCGCAGGGGUCGUAUCCCCCUCCAGGAUACGCGCCUCCGUAUCCGCCGCCGGGAUAUCCGUCGGCGCCGCCGCCUCCGCAUCAUCACGAGGCGUAUCCUCCGCCGCAUUCUCAUGGAUAUCCGGCGUAUCCACCGCCGUCGUCUCGUCCUCCUUACAAAGGCUACCAGGGGUACUUCGCCGGAGGUUAUCCGCCUCCUCCGCCUCCUCCUCCACAGCAUCACUGCCACCAUGAUCAUCAUUAUUACCAGGAUUCUGACACUGGUUGUACGUCUUUUCUCCGUGGCUGUCUUGCUGCUCUCUGCUGCUGCUGUGUGCUGGAGGAAUGCUGCUUCUGCUUCUGAGGGGGCUUGGGUCGCUGCUGCUUAUGCAGAAAAGUUGCCACCUUUUCGACCCUUUUCCGCCAUAUUUUUUUACAAAUUAUAUUCUGUUGUCAAUAUGAACUAUAUAUUUGUUGUGGUUUUAUUGAGAAUAUUCUCCAUUGUCUCUGUGCAUUUCCUUGCUUUUAGUUUUCUUUUGUGCUAUCAAUCAUAUGUUUCUUUAGAUGUCCCCCGUUUGCAUGAAAUAUGAAUCAUCAGUCCUUUAAAGUAUUUCCCGUUUA